AUCGGCGGGCGUGAGUUAAGUGACUUCCAAGGUCGCUCAAGGCAACAGUCUCUUCCUUGCUGAUAACCAGCUGUGUUUCCUGGUGUGGUGUAAAAGUGACGCUGGGCCACUGACAGUACACAGACUAAACACGUCUGUACUCUGAGAAGUUUAAAUUGGUGAGAAAUGGACUUCGGACACUUAGAAAGAUGAUCUCAGGGACACGCUGUUGGGCCUGACACCGAGUGACUUCAAGAGGUUCUGAUACCAAAUAAGAAUGGGGGGCCUCUCUAGCCGACCACGCAUUGGCACCCGCUUCACGAGAGAAAAUCGAGAUUGGCCAGAGGUGUGCAAGGUGAUGGAAGGCCAUUUUGUGGAUAAAUAUAGAGAUGACCUGAUACACAGUGUGAGAAAAGUUGAACCAAUUUUGGACAAGCUCCUUACCAAGGGGGUCAUUCAACAAGAAAGUUAUGAUGAAAUCAAGGCUCUUCCAACCUCAAAGGAGCAGAUGAGGAAGCUCUUUGAUUGUCUGACAGAUGCUGGAGACAGAGACAAAGACAUCUUAUUCAACAUCAUUGAGGAACUUGAGCCAGGUGUUAUCAGGCUCAUCAGGCAUCUGAAUUUUUUAGAACCAAAAAGUUGUGUCGCCACAGUGGAAACGUUCAGAAGUCCUUUACUUGGAUCCUCAAACCAGUCAACGAUGGCAAAAGGAAGUCAAAUGUCCCCUGAGCAUGACUGGAUUAAACUUGAGCCUGAAGUGAACUAUGUGGAUGUUCCAACUUACAGACUACAGUCUAAAGCAGGUAACUAUGAAUGCAGUGUCUCUGGCUUGCGCUGGAUUUGUAAAGAAAAGGUCAGCUUCAAGUACCAGUUUGGCUCUUGGGAGGAACAUAUGGAGAGAAUUGAAACCAUGCAGUACAUGGCUGGAGGUCCCCUAAUGGACAUCACUGUCAUUGCUGGAAAGUUUGAAGAAGUGUAUCUGCCACACUGGAUCUGCACAGAUGACGACCCUACAAUCCUGGGCAAGUUUGCAGUCCUACACAUAGAUACCUGUGGAGAUGUGGUGGAACAAGUGUCUGAGGUCACGCCUUCCCAUGUGAAGUUAUCACAGCCAGUUUUCUCUCCAAGAGGAGUCCUGGUGAAAGCCGGCUUUCCAGUGAAAAUUAACUGUAAAGUGUUAAUAUACAAGACCAGCAAAGCCUUCCUCACACUGCAUGUUUACCUGAUCCCUCGUGAUCCUAAGCUCCUAUCACUGGAUAAAGUGAAAUAA